AUGGACCUAUUGGGAGACAUUGGCAACGCUGAUCAGCUGACAUCCGUCCGAUCGGAAAAUGCCGUGCUCCAAGAAAAGGUGAAGCACUUGUCGUUUCGGGUGAAGGAGCUGACGAUUGAAAAUGAAUCUCUCAAAGCGGAAGUGGAACUGUAUCGGAAGGAAGCCGCUCUCACUGGGUUUUCCAAGUUGAGUGUCGCUAGCAGUGAUGAUGCCAUGGAUACAACAACAACCGACAGUGCUGUCGAAUCGGAAGAUUUCUUGCGAUCGGGCAAUGGCGUUUAUCCACAAAAGCCAGAAGUGUCACUUCUCAAUUUACACGGUUUGGCCAAUCCCAGCUGCUGUGCCCUCAGUAGCGACGAAACUGUGUUGGCCACGGGAGGAGCCGAUUGUCAUUUGUCUCUCUGCGCGUGGGGAGCUGCUUCGGAUGAAGAAUCCUCCAAAAAAGUGGUGGCUCAAGCUUGUCGCGUUCGUUGUGAUGGCCCUGUCAUUGCUAUUGCGACGCAUCCACAAAAAAUGGUUGCCGCGGGUUGCAUGGAUGGGAGUGUUUGGGUGGUUCACUACGACAUGGUCACUGGACAGGGUCUCGUCGUCAAAGCCACUACCAAAAUUCCAACCAAACAUGGAAAAUACGUCAAGUCUGUGGCGUGGAGGACAACUACCAAUAGUAGUGACAAUCAUCUGUUGGCAACAGCUUCUGCAGAUGGUACCGUACAGGUUCAUCAAGUGGCUGUGAAAAUUGAUUAUGUCAAGGACGAAACGACAAUUCACGUGACCACCAUUGAGAAAUUGCAUCUACAACAUGCUGUGGAAUCCGUCUGCUUUGUGGCGGACGAACUCUGCUGCUAUGCACGAGAGAAACCAUAUCUCCAGUGCUUUGAUACGACCAAGGAUUUCCAACUUCGCAAACUCAGUUUGAACCACGGAGGUAAACCAGCCGCUGCGGGAACUAGUAUGGAGGAUCAGCACGUUUCCUUUGCCGUCAUGGACAUGGCCGUCAGUCCCAACGGAAAAUACUUGGCAUUGGCUACGGAUGCCUCUCGGAAUAUUAUUGUGGAAAUGGAGACGGGAUUACAUAUUCGCAACCUGUACGGGCAUCAGAAUGAUGGAUUCUCCAACCCAAAGGUCGCCUGGAGUAGCAACGGACAGUAUUUGUUGGGCAACACCCAAGCCGAUUCGAGUCUCUGCGUCUGGGAUAUUUCCAGUACUCAGCUCGUGCAACGAUACAAAGACGUUCACAGCCAAACCAUUCGAGACAUGUGCUCGUCAUCGUCCACCGAUAUUCUCGUCACAACAUCCUUUGACAAGAAUACGCAAUUGUGGUUUGGGCCACCGUAG